CUAUCGAGAAAAGACUGUCGGUGUGGAAGCAGAUAUCCGGAUAGUUAUACUGAUAACAAGAAUAUAUAUAAACAGUGAUGUCGGUUUCAAUGCUAUCAAUCUGUUUCAUAAGCGUAUGCUUAUAUGAAUCUCAUAUGUGCAAUGCGCACACAAUUCAGUAUCGCAUGAAGGAAAAUUCAACAUUUAGGAAUACAUACAGGCGGAUUACAGACGCAGGACGGAUCGCCUGUGUUGCCGAUUGCACGAAAGAUCAUUGGUGUCUGUCUGCUGUCUACGAUGAGGAGCUACGAACGUGCGACCUUUCAUCCUACUCGCCAGAUGAGACCAUGUCUCAAACAGAAAUACAGUCUGGGUCAAGGACAUACUACCAUAAUGCACAAGAGUUGACAGCCGUUGUAGGUAUCAAUGUCUGGCAGUCAUCCACGAUGGGCGACCUGUCUGGAUCCCUCGCCAUUGACCGAUUCUUCGGCACCACGUAUCUAGCAUGCUUUCAUAGCAAAGGGAGUUUUGGAAACUACCUGAUUGUGGAGUUGGAAUCGAUGUCCAAUCUGGUCCAUGUUGAUAUCUUAUUCCGGACAGAUCUUCAAUAUGAUGUCAGGAAUAGAGAAAUAGACGUGCUGGUAGCCAACAGUCAGGCGGGGUUGGAGACCAACCAAGCAAAGUUCUGUGGUCACUACUAUGGCCCACCAGCCGACAAGUAUCUGCCAGGAAGAGUCAAAUGCGCCCCAAAUACCAUAGGGGCAAUACGUGAAGUUCAGUCAAACCAUUGACGAAUAUCUGAAUAUUUGUGAGGUCUCUUUUUAUUCCAAAAUGUAACUGUACGGGUUCGGAAUUUCGAAAAAAAUCGUGUUCCUGACUUAGCAAUUCACAGUAAGAUAAUUUCUUAAUGGAAAUAAAUUAAUUUGCUCAGUCCCUAAUUAGCUCAGUACAAAUCUCUUGCCGUAAAUAAUUUGUCCUUUAACUAAUACAAUUUGCUCAUAGCAUAAACUAAUCCUUUUUUUCAAAAAGCUGGACUAAAGAAAUCAUGGACAGUUUACAUAGUGGUUUUACAUUCUGCCUUGUUAUGAGUUCCAAUUUAUCAUAAAAAUUAAUUAGAUCAUUCAAAUCUUUGGUUAAAAAUGUAUUGAUAUAUAUGUGUUUAUGUGUACGAAUGUGGAGAGGUAGAUACGAUUUUUGGAUGCACAUUGUUUUCGAGUGAUAAUUGUACGUAUGAUGGAAAAAAUGCUGGAGGAAGGAUAAGGUACGUGUGUCUGUUGGUUUUAAGUAAAAAGAUUAAUGUGUAAAAAUGUUGAGCAGGAUAUUCAAAGACCUUUGGACAGAAAUCGGUCAGAUUUAACUUAUAUGCAUGUUCUUAUGCGAUUCAUUUUUUUAAUAUGAACAUAUUUUCAGCGACGGCAUACGUCGUCACUCAUAUUGUGGCGUUUGUGUAAAUAUCAGUUUGAUACAUCACAGUAUGAAUUGAAAACAUUUAAGUAUUGAAACAACUUAGUGGCUAUAUAUUUAAAACACAUGUAAAUUGCAUAUUUGUUUUUAUACGAAGUAAAACGUGUUUUAACUUGCUUUUUCAUUUUCAAAGUAAGUAAGACAUUGUUUCGAAAACAUCUCAACAAAGGCAGCGCCUUAACACAAAUAUACUUAAAAUUCACUACCUAUCAUUUAUUUUUAAAGAUCCAACCGUUUUUUCCUGAACAAUUAAGUUAAAAGCACAAUUAUUUUCUAUUAACCUAUUACCCUGAACAAUACUAAUAAUAAUAAAAUAUAAGGUCUUAUAUUGAUAAUUGAUCUUUUUAAGUAUUUACAAUCCUUCGCUUAUUGCAUUGAUCAUACCUUUUUAUUAUUAACAUAACCAUUGUUAACGUUGUAUUUGGAUUUUUCUAAAAUUCAUUAAUAACCAGUUACAUGGAUUUUAUCCGUGAGUGUUUUAAAAGGCCGAGGCUGCAGGCGAGGCCAUUCGAUUUCAUCAUUUAUUUUUGUAAUUGAUGUGCUGAACUAUAAACUGCACAUAUUUAACCCAUUUAUGCCCAGUGGACUCUCCCAUCCUUCUUAGUUGGAUCAAUUUAUUUCCAAAAUUAGGGAUGUCAAGUAUAUUUAUUUCUAUAUUUAGAAUAUUUCUUACAGAAAUUUCUUUAAGCAAACAGCGCAGCGGCGUCUCAUCUGGGUCUACGCUGUUUGCAAUGUCCUUUUUUCAGGACG